CAAAGCAAAACCAAAACAAAUUGAAAAUGUAUCAAAAAGAUUGAGAAGUAUCACUAAUAGAAAGUUAUAUUUAUUUAAAAAAUGUUCCAAGCCUUCAACAUGUUUGACAGUAUUCCCAGGACAUUCAACAGACAGUAUCGAUGUUACUCUGUCAUGUUGUGUCCUGGAAACGAGAGAGAAGAUGUCGAGAAAGGAGGAAAAAUUAUAAUGCCUCCUUCAGCAUUGGAUCAAUUAACUCGUCUGAAUAUAGUUUACCCUAUGUUGUUUAAACUAACCAACACAAAUGCAAAGAGAUCAACUCACUGUGGUGUGUUGGAGUUCAUUGCUGAUGAAGGCAAAGUCUAUAUACCUCACUGGAUGAUGCGUAAUCUAGUGUUGGACGAGGGGCAAUUACUACAGGUUGAAAGUGCUUCGCUUCAAGUUGCAACCUACUCAAAAUUUCAACCUCAGAGUACAGAUUUCUUGGAUAUUACCAAUCCCAAAGCUGUGUUAGAAAAUGCUUUGAGAUCAUAUGCCUGUCUCACAGUUGGAGAUGUGGUGGCAAUAACCUAUAAUAACAAGGUGUACGAGUUUCUGGUCCAGGAGGCGAAACCUAACGAAGCCGUGUCUAUUAUAGAAUGUGAUAUGCAGGUGGAAUUCGCACCUCCAGUUGGGUACGUUGAACCACGCAGAGAACCAAAGCCUGAAGUCCAGGAGAAGGAAGAGGAGGAAGAAGAAGUGGAUUCUAGUUUUAAAGCAUUUUCUGGUUCGGGAUUUCGCCUAGAUGGCAAGAAAAAGAAGAGUAAUGCUCCCAGUGAACCUGUCCCACUAGGACCAGUUGAUAAGAAAAGAGGAAUACCAAACUAUGACUACAAGAAAGGAACGAUAACUUUUAAGAGAGUUUUCAAGACGAAUAAUAUUCAGAAAAAAGAAUCAGACAAAAACGAAUUUUCGCCAUUCGGUGGAAGUGGACAACAGUUAAAACAGAAAAAAAAUCGACGAAGAAUCGAGAAGCAAUGAAUGAAGUGGUGACUGGAUGGAUUGAAUAGAUAAUCAUUUCGCUUGUUCAUACUAAUUCAUAUCAUGAAUACUCUAUUAUGUACAGUAUUUUAUUAUCGCAUUAAAAUAUUUUA